AUGAAUAUCAACAACACAGUUGGACCUGAUGGAUUGGCAAUGGUUAACGCUAAUAGAACGCUAUUAACAAGAUUCUAUGAUCAUUUUCGCAAGGGAAAAUUAGUCUUGAUAUUAUUUCUCAUUAUUUGUAUUGUCAUAGCAGCAGCUGUUCUAACAGCUACUGCUAUAUUGAGGAAAACUGAAAGAGAAGAAACAUCAGCAACGGAGAUAGCAACAUCAACAACAAGCGAACAAUUGACUUCUUCUGUUAUCAUUAAUAAAAAUACGAAAUGGAAACAGAAUGCAAUUACUGUUGCUGGAGGACAUGGAUUUGGAAGUAAAUUAAAUCAGUUAGAUCACGUUAGUGGUAUUCAUAUUGAUGAUGAUGAUUAUAGUAUUUAUAUUGCUGACAAAACCAACCAUCGUGUUGUUAGAUGGGAAUUUCGUGCAAAUAAUGGUACACUUGUUGCAGGUGGAAAUGGACCGGGAGACGGAAUGAAUCAAUUAAAUCAACCAACAGAUGUAAUUCUUGAUGAAGCGAAGAAACAUCUCAUCAUUUGUGACUUUGCCAAUGAUCGAGUGGUACAAUGGCCCCGUCAAAAUAGUCAAGAUCAACAAAUAUUGAUACAUCGUAUUGUUUGCUUCGGUUUAGCAAUGGAUAAUAAUGGAGAUCUUUAUGUUUCUGACUGGCGAACGCAUGAAGUCAGACGUUUUCAACAAGGGUAUACAGAAGGUAUCGUUGUAGCAGGUGGAAAGGGAAAAGGAAAGCAAUUAAAUCAACUGAAUGAUCCUCACUAUAUCUUUGUCGAUGAAGAUCAUUCAGUUUAUGUUGCAGAUACCCUCAAUAAUCGUGUGAUGAAAUGGAAGAAAAAUGCGAACGAAGGUAUUCUUAUUGCUUCAGGACAAGUUUCUAAUGAAAAUCCUGAUACAUUGUUGAAACCCAUAGGCGUGAUUGCUGAUCAUAAGGGUAAUAUUUAUGUGUCGACGAUCGGAAUUUAUCAAAUAAUGCGUUGGUCACCAGGUGCAACAGAAGGCGCUCCUGUCGUUGGUGAAAACAAAUGUGGAGGAGGAUCUACAGAGCUCGCCCUCCCAUAUGAUUUAUCAUUUGAUCGACAGGGUAAUCUUUACGUUGUAGAUACACACAACUAUCGAAUACAAAAAUUUGAUAUUGAUCGUGACUGA